UACUGUAACCUUUGACAUACCUGUUCGACUAGUCCUGACGGAACUCGCCAUUGGCUGCCAUAUGUAGGAUCAUGUAUACUAAACCAACAGCUUAGGUCAAGUGGCAUCUUCUUACACAGUAUUAGACUACCGAUCCACUGAGCCUGGUAGAGGCUAGACCGAUGGUGAAGAAGACGGAGCUGUACCAGCCCGUGGGCUGGCUGUUGACCGUGCUGGGGCUGGUGACAGUCGGUCUGGGGGCGGGAGGAGACCGAGUAGGUCUGACUACAGCCACCGUCUGUGUGUGUACCGGACUGGGGGUCGCUGUCGCUGGUAUUGUUGGUAUCAUCUGUGGUCGGAAGUCUGAAGAAGGCCAGCUGAAUGUUUGGACCGUGGGUCUGACCUUGUCUGCGACGCUCCUGUCGGUCACGGCCUUGGUGCUGAACCUACAGCCACUGGUGUGUGCCGACCCUCCGGACUGGACGGGCGACGUUACAGGCUACCAUCAGGGGUACGACGGAGCCAUACGCGAUGUCGCCCAUGAAGCCAAGUACCAACACGGAGAACCCAAUCCUUCAGCGCCCAAGUACGGCCUUGCCUGUGAACAUCAGACCCUGACUGCAACCUGCCCAGCUGGCCAGGUCAUCCGCAUCGUGUCGGCCCUGUACGGCAGAACCCAGCCCGAAGCCGUCUGUGGCGGUGCAGUGUACACCACCCAGUGCCGCAGUACAACCAGUCUGACGGUGGUACAGGAUCGCUGUAACGGCCAGCAAUCGUGCUCGGUUACAGCAAGCAACAGCGAGUUCGGAGAUCCAUGCGUUGGCACAUUCAAGUACCUGGAGAUCGAAUACGAAUGUACUUUUACCGAAAGUCUUCGCGGCCCUAACCUGGCCCAAGGGAGACCAACACAGCAAUCAAGCGUGGCGCACGACGGCGUGCCUGCUCGGGCGGUGGACGGCGUCUUGGACGGCGUGUACAGCGGGGAUUCCUGUACCCACACCCAGCUAACCGACAACCCGUGGUGGCGGGUGGACCUGGGCAGCUCACGCAGCAUCGGCGAUGUCGUCAUCUUCAACCGACAGGACUGCUGCUCGGAAAGGCUGAAUCCCUUCCAGGUUCACGUGGGAAUUUCUCCUGAUGACGUGGGCUCCAACCCGACCUGUGGCGGGGACCACACGGUGCCGGCGGGACAGGCAGCCGUCACCGUGGACUGCCGUGGUCACACGGGCCGGUAUGUGGGGAUCAUGCUACCGACCAGGCAGUACCUCACUCUUUGUGAAGUCCAGGUGUAUGAAGAUGUACAGGUAGAGCGCCUGGGGUGCUGGGCGGACACCGCUGACAGGGCCAUCCCUACGGUGGAGGGAUCGGACCCGAGGCUGGACGGACCUUACCAGUCACGCCAGCGGGCCUUCCAGAAGUGCAAGGCUGUGGCGCAGAGUCAGAACUUCAGUAUCUUCGCCCUUCAGAAUGGAGGUUGGUGUGCGUCCUCUGCAGGGGCUGGGGGCACCUACAGGAUGUAUGGGCCUUCGGGAGACUGUCGAGCUGACGGCAGAGGCGGUCCUUGGGCAAACGAGGUCUACAAGAUAAUUCGACGUGGAAGCUUGCAGAACGAGCUGGUGUGUGAGCACCAGACGGUGUCCCUGCAGUGUCCUGACGGGCAGCAGAUCCGCGUGGUGAGCGCCUCUUACGGCCGGACCGACGAGACCGUGUGCGGCGGGCCCGUCCACACCACCCGCUGUAGUAGCAGAACCAGUCUAACGGUGAUGAAGAAAGUGUGCGACAACCGACAGUCGUGUGUCGUUUCUGCGGAAAACAGCGUGUUCGGAGAUCCGUGCGUCGGGACAUUCAAGUAUCUGGAAGUAGCGUAUGCGUGCAACCCAGCACCAGAGCCCCCACCGCCCGUCACACCGCGCUACCUUGGCUGCUAUGAGGACCAUCCUGAGAGGGUUUUCCCCUCAGACCGCAUGGAUUCUGAUGGCAUGACUUCAGACUUGUGCAUCCGACACUGUCGGGAAUACGGACAUCAAUAUGCGGCCACCCAGUACGCCCAUGAGUGCUGGUGCGGCUCCCAGGGCGAUUUUGUCGGGAUUGGAGUGCGCCGGCCGGACUCGGAAUGCGAUCUCCCAUGUCCAGGACGUUCCAUGUCAGACGAGAUGUGCGGAGGGACCUGGAGAAUGUCCGUCUACAGGACCGGCCGCGCAGAAGCCCCGUCACACCCGUUGCCGAUUGAGACUACCCAUAGUCAGCUACAGCGGCUCGGUUGUUGGACUGACACUAUCGACCGCGCCGUACCCACCCUGGAGGGCUCCGACCCCCGCCUGGACGGACGGUACGAAUCACGCACUGACGCCGUCAGGAAGUGUCGCGAUGCCGCCGCUAGACGGGGAUACACCGUGUUUGCCAUUCAGAAUGGGGGAUGGUGUGCUGCGUCGGCCAACGCACUGCAAACCUACCAUAGGUACGGCCGGUCGGACGCUUGCCGGGCCGAUGGUGAGGGAGGCCCCUGGGCAAACGAAGUCUACAAGAUUGUAACAGGCCCUCAACUGCAGCCAGGCUUGGUGUGCGAACACUCCACCAUGUCCAUACAGUGUCCUGCUCACAAGGUCAUCCGUAUCCAGUCGGCCAUGUACGGCCGCGCGCCCGGCGGGUCAGUCUGCGGUACUGUCUACACCGGAGCGCCGUGCAGGAGCCCCACCAGCCUCCCGGUCCUGCAGGAGCGGUGUGACGGCAGGGAGGCCUGCUCGGUACAGGCCGAAAAUGGCGUCUUUGGCGAUCCGUGUGUCGGAACGUUCAAGUAUCUGGCAGUGGAAAAUGAGUGCGUCGGCGUUUCAGGCUACAAGGGCUGUUACGAGGACACGGAGUCCCGCAGGUUUCCGGCGGACUUCAUGUCGUCUGAAGAGAUGACGUCAGAGAUGUGUGUACGUCACUGCAAGGGUAACGGUCAUGCUUACGCUGCUACUCAGUACUCCCGUGAGUGCUGGUGCGGAUCGGAACAUCACUUCGACGGUCUCGGCAGCCGCCGCCCGGAGACGGAAUGCGACAAGCCGUGCCCGGGUAAUGCGGACCAGUGGUGCGGGGGGACGUGGAGGAUGUCCGUGUACAGUGUUCAGGAUCGCAACGUUUGUGAGGCUCCCAGCACAGACACCCAGUACCGGUACCGCUGGGACCUGCCCCGAUUGACAGAAGACCGCUUCACGUUUGAUGUUCAGGCCAACAAUGACGUCCAUGUGGGUUUGUCAUCGCAGAGCCAGGACCUGGACGACAUGUAUGAAAUUGUCAUUGGUGGCUGGUCCAACACACAGUCUGUCAUACGGAGGAGCAAGCAGGGCAACAACCUUGUGACGGUCUCGACAUCCGGCAUUAUCUCCCCAACAGAGUACAGAAAGUUCUGGAUCACCUGGUCUUCAGACGGAACCAUUGCUGUUGGGAAGGGUGGCGACACUCAGCCGUUCAUGCAGUGGACAGACCCCGACCCUCUGCCCAUCGCCUAUGCCGGAUACACCACUGGGUGGGGGAGUACUGGACGAUGGAAGUUCUGCCACACUGCUCAGCUUGCAGAGACUGGGAUGCAAUCUGCUGUGGAAGCCCCUCGGCAGAGGUCCAGCUGUACACCUUGCAGACACAUCGUUUUCUACGUCAAGAUCUCCACCUCCAUCAUGGUCGCCCUGUCUCUCCUGGCGUGCCUUCUGGCAUGUUGGGGAUAUCGACGGAGCAGCAGUAAGAAGUCGGGAGUGGUCAACAGAAAUCUGGUGAAGCUGCCACCUGAUAUAUUCUCUAUAUCCACCACCCCACUCCCAGGUCCCACCCAUGGUAUGGCACCUGUGGGUCCGGCCAUGCCAGAUGAUCCACCGCCACCAUAUUCACAGGACACCCUUCCCCACCAGGCCACCACUGACGCCUAGUCCUGUCCUACGGUGACUUCAAAGGUGGAUCAAUAUUUUGGAGCUGAUAGAAUCUUCAGAAAUUUUUAUGUCAUUUGUAAUGCAAGAUUUGUUUAUUCGGACAUAGUGUGAAUAAGAUUUUCUUACUCAUAAAUAAGUAACAGAUGCAUGAAAAACAUAACUUUUCUUUUUUGUAUAAUGAAUUGAUAUAAUGAAUAUAAUGCUAUUGGUAAAACUUGUGCUGGUAAAAUAAACAGCAAACUCCCUGGCCAACACCCAAUGUUGAAAGGUGAACAAAAUCUAUUGGUAGACAAUCAGUAAAAAAACAACAGUUGAAUUGAUGCAAAUAGCUUGAAGUCUUCAUGUUUCAUAAAACAUGAGUGAGAUAUGGACAUGGCGUGGCGCGACUGUCCUAGGACACCUUUUUUGUCCGUGCAAAAACGAAAACGAUGCGAUGUGGCAUGCCACAGUGGGGCACCCGGCAUUUUUGUUUUUACACGGACAAGUGUCCUCGGCCACGCCGCGCAUCUAAGGAUAUUUUUAGGACAAGUAAUUUUUUGCCUCAUGUAAACCGGCCAUUAGGUGGAGGUUUGAUGGGUGGCCAAAGCAUUACGUACAUGCAUACAGAUUUAAUCUUACUUUCAAAUUACUGUAAGACGUGUGGAUUACUUAAAGGUGCAAUACAAGCUUCAGUACCACGGAAAGCUGCUUGGCUUUACACUUUUAGUUUAAAACCUCUAAUAUGUACAUGUAUGGUAUCUAGGUAUUUUUUUUUGUCAUGUGUUUGUCUUAGACCAAAAGGUUCAUUGAGGUUGACCUAUAUUGGCUCAAAAACAUUUUUGGAAAAUGCUAGUGAACAUGGUAUCUUCUGUAAUACUGGAUAACUCACAUAUGAAGGAAAUAGACCCUUUUUAUGAGAAAAGAGUCAUGUGAAACCAAUGAACAUGAGCUAUGUUUAUAUGUGUGGUUUGGAACCAUCACUUGAAUAGUGCUUGUUGUAAUAUCUAUGUUAGUUGACUCUAAAGUCUUACCUACAAAUAGUUGGAUUUCAAUAUUGAUACAUUUCAAUAUUGAUACAUGUACAUUGAUAUAUCCCUUGAUGUUUGUGAGGCUUUCAUACAAAUGUAUGUUAUGACGGUAAACUCUAAUACAAAAAAAAUAUGUAUAUGCUCUUUUGAUUCAAAUGCUCUUCUGAUUUCGAUUACAUAUAAUUCAUUAUAAUAACUUCAGCUAUUAAAGGGUUGUCAUGAAUAUAUUAGUAAUUGGUUCAACUCGCCCUUGGCUUGGGUGCAUGAUGAAAGAACCCCUAUUUGCAGACAUAAUAGAGGAUGAAUGAACCUGCCCUCCAGGUUUUCCAUUCAACAUUAAACUUUGCAUCAGGGAAAAGGCUAGAAGAGCAAAUGGCAUUUUAUACCCGAGCUGUGAAUUUAGCUGCAAUAACUUUGUUAGUUGCUAGAAGUCUCUUCUGAUAUACUGCUGAGGGACAAAUAACCCAAAUACAUGUACACAAACUACUUAUUGUGAGUUUUAACCUGAAAAGCAGGGCUGUCUCCAGGUCCCCUUACUUUGUCCUGGGACAGAAAUGUGCUUGUUUAGGAUGGAAAAAAGAUUCACCCAGUUAAUUCAAAAAUCUGAGCUUCAUGACAUGAAAGCGAUUGUAUUGUUGUAAGGUUUAGGACUCCCAAACAAUCAGUAUAGGCCAGACAAAAAUUCAAAUCUUGAAGACAGCCCUGCCGACAAGUCGAAUGGUCUUAAUUUCUUUUACACAAAAAUGUGACUUCUGUUUUUUCUUUCAUUUUGUAUUUAGUUAAUUGUACUGUAUGAUGGACAAGGAUUGUUUGGUGGCAUUAUGUAAAAGCAGAUUUAAUGUUCUUCAGGUUACAGUGCAUGCACCUAACUUGCUUUUCCUGUUUUCCCAACCACCGCCAUUGUCUGUACCCCUUCCCUUUAUUAACAUUAGAAAUACUGGGAGCAGACAUGAAUGUUUUAGUCACUAAUGUUAAUACUAAAAUGUGUAAACGUUCAACAACCUUCUCUGACAAAUGAAGCUAGAAGGACCUGGGGCCUAGAUUUACUGGGGCUUGACCCUGAUCCUUAUCAAAUACUGAUCUGACUUAAUCCUUCUUAAUCCCUUAAAGAAGAAAUGACUUCCUGACUGACAGGACACAAAGCCCAUCAGGUCUGUUGGACAGAGACUCCUGUAGAUGGCAAGACAGAUAAGAUUAAAUACUGUGUACAAAACAUCCACAAUCUUUGAUAAACAAUCAUUAAUAUGACAACCUGUUUUUGUAUGUACUGUUACCUGGACAGCAAAAGACUUUUCUACACUAGAGAGUCUGAAGACCUUUUUCAGAUCGAUUAGUCAAGGGUUCCCUGUGGUAUCAUGUAACAGGUAGAAAAUACACUUUGGUUGCAAAGAACAAUGAAAGAUUAAGAAUAAGGUGUGCACCAAAAAAUGUAGUAACACGUGACAUGCACACUCACUCACUCUUCACCCCACAAGCAGAGCCUUCAUAUCCACUUCAUGUUGGGGUUGA